AUGAGUAGAAGACUGUCUCCAACGAAAUUUACGCUUUCACCUGAUCAUAAAUACUUACUUUUGACUCAAAAUGUCAAAAAACUGUUUAGAUAUUCAUUUUUAGCACAAUAUACUGUGUACGAUCUUAAUACAAGGGAAGUUAUUGCUGUGACACCACAUCCUGAAAAAGACAGUCAUCCCUACUUACUUUUGGCCCAGUGGACUCCUCGAGAUCAUGGCCUUCUGCUGAUUCAAGAUUAUGACAUUUACUACAGGAUUAGCCCUUUUAGUAGUUUUGCUUACCGCGUAACAAAUACAGCGGUACCUGGAGUAUUAUCAAAUGGUCUGCCUGAUUGGUUGUAUGAAGAAGAAAUAUUACAUAGUUCCGAAGCAGUUUGGAUGUCAAAGGAUUCUCAUAUCCUGCUAUAUGCAAGUUUUAAUGAUUCACUGGUUAAAGAAAUGUACACAUCAUGGUACGGGGAUGGAAAUAAACAUUUAUAUCCAGAAAUUCGAUCUCUCCGAUAUCCCAAGCCUGAUACACCUAAUCCAACAGUAGUUCUAUUCGUAGCAGAUUUGGCUGAUCCUAAAAAUAUACAUACGAAAAUGGUGAGACCGCCGAUAAUAAUGGAAAAAACAGAUUAUUUGUGA